GUUACAGAGUACACGGAGUCAGUCGGACCUUACUAAGCCCAUUGAGAAGAAUUACUGUGAUGCUGUUGUGAAUUUCUUACUGCGAAUAGCAUGUCAGGUAAAUGAGACACCGGGAUCCCCGGGAGAAAUUUUAUCUCGGCGAUGUGUUGGAUUACUGAAGAUGGCGCUACGUCCCGAUAUCUGGCCGAGCACCGAGCUGAAACUUGUUUGGUUUGAUAAGUUACUGACGACUGUUGAGAACCCUCUACCUAAUUUUAACAAUAUCUGUACCGCCCUGGAGCUGUUGAGUUUUCUUCUCACAAUACUGAAAAAGGAGACAAUUCUGACAAGCUUUAAACCCCUCCAGCGUGGGAUAGCUGCCUGUAUGACGUGUCCUAACACCAAAGUUAUACGGGGUGUACACAGUCUACUGUCCCGUCUCAUGAGCUUUUUCCCCACAGAGCCUGUCACCUCUAAUGUGGCCUCCAAGUAUGAAGAACUGGAAUGUUUAUAUGCCUGUGUCAGCAAGGUCGUGUACGAGGGACUCACGAAUUACGAAAAGGCGUCAACUGGCUCUCCGUCUCAACUGUUCAGUACCCUGAUGAUUCUGAAGGCGGCCUGUAUGCACAAUCAUUGUUACAUAGACAGACUAAUCACAACAUUCAUGAAGGUUCUACACAAGAUGGCGCGAGAACACCUGGUCCCCACCUCCCCCGAAUCUAGUCCAGUUGCCAGUGAGCUGAUGAUUCUGAGUCUUGACCUGGUGAAGAACAGGGUCGGGGUGAUGAGUCUGGAGAUGAGAAAGAGCUUCAUUGGACAAAUCCUUGUUGGUCUCAUUGAGAAGACAACUGAUGCCAAAGUGAUGAAAGCUAUUACUAAAAUGGUGGAGGACUGGGUCAAAACCAAGACACCUAUAGCUAUUAACCAGUCGCCCAGUAUCCGAGAAAAAGCCAUACUGUUGGUGAAACUUAUGCAGCAUGUGGAGAAACGGUUCCCUGACGAACAAGAACUGAACGCCCAAUUCCUGGAACUAGUCAACUAUAUCUACCGUGACGAAAGCCUCAGCGGCACAGAGCUAACAUCCAAACUGGAGUCCGCCUUUCUCAGUGGUCUACGCUGUAACCAACCCACUAUCAGGCACAAAUUUGUUGAGGUAUUUGAGAAUUCAAUUCCACGCCGGAUGUUUGACCGUCUCCUCUAUAUCACCUGUACACAAAACUGUGAGGCCAUGGGACACUUUAUCCCCACUGACAGGAAUAAACUAUCAGUAUUAUACUACUGUAAACCUAUACCAUUAUUAGUUAAUUAG